UAGAUCAGGUCCUAGCUAUGAUAUGAUCUUCCAGGUAUAUAUUGGAAUUGGAGUGAGAGAGCCCAAACAUGCACUGUUGUACAGAACCAAAAUACAAUUGCAAGUAGCUACAUCAUCUAUAAUUCAUUCAUCCAUAUAUCUGAAACUGCAAGGAGGCUGCUGGCUAGCUUCCUCCUCUAUUUAUACACACACCCCUCUCACAGGCCUCCACUUGCAUCUCUCUCUCUCUCUCUCCCAAUUAUAUUUGUAGAGAGAGGGAAGAAAAGAAGAGAGGGGAGGAGCAAUGGCAGGGUCUGAGGAGAAGAAGGAGAUGCAAGACCCCAGGACACAGGCCAUAGCAUCCACCAUUAGAGUUGUGCCCAACUUCCCUAAGCCAGGAAUAAUGUUCCAAGAUAUCACGACCCUACUUCUAAAUCCCCCUGUGUUCAAGGACACCAUCGACUUGUUCGUUGAACGGUACACUGGCAAAGGCAUCUCCGUUGUUGCUGGGGUCGAAGCUAGAGGGUUUAUUUUCGGUCCUCCCAUAGCGCUCGCUAUUGGUGCAAAAUUUAUCCCACUAAGAAAACCUAACAAACUUCCAGGUGAGGUGAUGUCAAAGGAGUACGAGCUGGAGUAUGGCGCCGACUGCUUGGAAAUGCACGUCGGCGCGGUACAGCCCGGCGAGCGAGCACUCGUCGUCGACGACCUCGUCGCCACCGGCGGCACGCUCUGUGCCGCCAUCGUCUUGCUUGAGCGUGCUGGUGCAGAAGUGGUGGAGUGUGCAUGUGUGAUUGAGCUCCCGGAACUGAAGUUAUGAUGCUUAUGAGGAAGAUAGAAGAGGGGGAGAAAAAUUGAUACAUACGGGACCUAUUUUUUUUUACUGAUCGAACUGUGGAAACCACCCUAAUUCAGGGAUAAAGCUGUGAACAGUAAUACAUGUUGAGAGAUAAAUAAUGUACAGUUUGUAAGUUGUUGAAUUUCCCUUUUAAGAUAAAUAUAUAAUGUGGUGGUCAAGGUCGAAGGGGUAAUAUAUAUAGAUAUAAAAAAUUAAAAUUCCUCCGUGAUUACAUGAAUUCUAUUUGGAUGAAAUAGAGUGUGAUUUAUCAAAGAAAAAUUGAACACAAUGUUCCAAAUUAUAUAAAGCUAAUUGUCCAGAGACUAUUAGGGCCUUUACAGUGCGAGAACGUAUCGAGUUGCUUUGGAUCACCAGCUUAAAUUUUUACGUACGUGUCGACUAAACCCGUGCCUCUGCUGAGCCUCUCGCCUCCGCACAGGGAGACGAGUUCUUCGAUCUUGGUGAGUCCACACGUGGCCAAAAAACAUGUCGCAUCUGCGCUGUGGUGGUCGUGCCUCUGUCUCCUCAUCCCCUCAUGCCGCAUUGGACCGAUCUUGCAUCUGCGCUAUGCGUGUCUCACAUUGCUCCCUUAAUUUUUAAGCAUUGUUUCACUCUAGACCAAAUUCCACUUGAUAAAUUAAACCACAGUUUGGCUCAAGCUAUGACCUCAUUCAUGGUAGGAUAUAGAUGGGAUACCAUAUAUAGGAGGGGACCCUGUCACAAGCUAUUUGAAGCUAGCUUAACGGCUGGCAGGUAGUGAGCUCAUUUCCAAGUUCGAUGAGAACAUGAGAAAUACAAACAAGAAGAAAUAUAUAAUAUAUUGGUACAAGGAUAAUUCAUGUUUUCUACCAGCUAAUUUGCUUGCUUC